AUGGCUCCUCCAAAGCUCAAAGUAGGCUGCGCUGGCCUGGGCCGCAUGGGCAAGCGCCACGCCAUGAACUUCGCUGAGCGAGUGCCUCGCGCGCAGCUGGUGGCCGUCAGCUCGCCCGAUGACGAGGAGCUGAAAUGGGCCAAGACGCACCUCGAGCCGCUGGGCGUUGCGAUCUACAAGAACUACGAUGACAUGCUGAAGCAUGAAGGCCUGCAGGCAGUCGUCAUUGCCUCUGCGACGGCCGUCCAUGCCGAACAGGCCAUCAAGGCCAUCGAUGCCGACAAACAUGUCCUGUGCGAGAAGCCUCUGUCCACCAGUGUCGAAGUGUCGCAAAGCGUCCUCGAAGCCGCCCAGAAGAAGCCCCAUCUCAAGGUGAUGUGCGGCUUCUCUCGUCGGUUCGAUGCCUCGUACCGCGACGCCCACAACAAGAUGCAGAGCGGCAUGAUCGGCCGGCCGUCCGUCUUCCGCAGCCAGACGUGUGACAAGCUCGACCCGAGCGGGUUCUUUGUUGCGUAUGCCCAGUUCUCGGGCGGCAUCUUCGUCGACUGCUCGAUCCACGACAUCGACCUGGCGCUGUGGUUCUUCGGGCAGGAUGCCAAGGUCAAGUCGGUGUCGGCCGUGGGUAUCACGGCCGUGGAGCCGGACCUGCGCAAGUACAACGACCGGGACAACGCGGUCGGGCUGGUCGAGUUCCAGGACGGACAGAUUGCGUACUUCUACGCGUCGCGCAUGAUGGCCGCCGGGCAGGAGGACUCGACGGAGAUCAUCGGGACGAAAGGCAAACUGACCGUCAACACACAGCCGGCGUCAAACCUGGUCAACAUCUACGAGAGCACAGGCAUCCGGCGCGAGAUCCCGCAGCACUACUACGACCGGUUCGAGAUGGCGUUUGUGGAGGAGGCCAAGCACUUCACGGCGUGCUGUCUGGACGACACGCCGGUGCCGCAGGAGCUGCGGGGGGCGGUCGAUGCCGUCAAGAUCGGCUGCGCGUUGCAGGAGGCGUUGAUCACGGGGAAGAAGAUCUACUUUGACGACGACGGCAACCGCAUCGAGCGGGCGAAUCUGUAUUAUUUAUCUGCUAUCUGCACCUCUACUAGCAUUGUCGAGAUGACAUAA